AUGGGCGGUGGCAACGCGCAGAAGUCCAAGAUGGCGAGGGAGAGGAACCUCGAGAAGCUGAAGGGCGGCAAGGGGAGCCAGCUCGAGGCCAACAAGAAGGCCAUGAACAUCCAGUGCAAGAUAUGCAUGCAGACUUUCAUCUGCACCACCUCUGAAGCAAAGUGCAAGGAGCACGCCGAGGCGAAGCAUCCGAAGAGCGACCUCGUCCAGUGCUUCCCCCACCUCAAGCCGUGA